AUGGGGAAUAAACAAACAAAUUGUUGUCCCAAUUACUUCUCACAGUUUCUACCUGAAGAACACGCUGAGAUUGAUGGAUUGUUUAUUGCCAGAGCAGGGGGUUUGGAGAUGAUGUCCCUUGGAAAGAGCAAAAUCUUCCCAAUCCCUAUCUCUUUGGAAAUGUUAGAGGGUAACCUUAGGGAUGCCUUGCCUGAGAAAAUGACAGUCAGGCUCUAUGAAGGAAUGAGGAAUAUUGACCUGACAGGGACUAACCAGAGUCCUAGUGAAUACAUCACCAAAGAACAGUUUGUAAUUUUGAUGUUAGAGCUAUUAAAAGGAAAUGUAGGAGAGAAGAGCCACAUAAUCAUGAAGAUGGUACAUGUACCUAUUGAAAAUGUGAAAGCAAGUCAUAUUCAAGAGUUUUCAGAGGAUCUGAUUACCUCUGUGGUACAUGUGCUGUACUACAGAAAUGAACUAAAAGGUUGGAAUAUGAAGAAGAGUGAAGAUUUUACCUCUGGUGUAAAGGAAUUGGCUACUCAACUGCUCUCAGCACUGAAACAAGAAAUGAACCCAACACAGCAGAAGACCUAUUGGGAUUUUGAUGGUAACAGGAAUUGGACAAGUCCUCAAGAAUGCCCCCCAGUUGAAGAGGCAGAAAGUUGGUCCUGUGACAUUAGUUUGAUUGAAGACUGGGUGCUGAAAAUCCCCCAGAUCUCCUCAUUUUUAAAUGUGAUCAUCUGGAGGGGUUUCCUGGUCUUGCAUUCUCAUGCACAGCUCGCCAGCUUCAUCCCAGAGUAUAAAGAUUCAAAGUAAUUGAUGAGCCUCCUUAACAUUCCUGCCAUCAUUUACAUCAAUUCCUUCCUGCCUACAAAACUACAGCAGUAUACCUGGAAACUGAUUUUUUCCUCUCAGAUUCAUGGCUACAGCUUUGCAAAACUUUAUGGGAAUAUUAUAGACAAAGGUCCCUGCUUAUUAGUGUUAAAGGACAGGGAUGGCUAUAUCUUUGGUGGCUUUUCAUCUCACUCCUGGGUGGUCAAGGGCCAAUUUGAAGGGAAUAGUAGGUCUUUCCUGUUUACUGUUUCCCCCAGCAUUGCAGUGCACAUAUACAGUGGAUACAAUGAUCAUUAUAUGUAUUUGAAUUAUGGACAACAAACUAUACCAAAUGGAUUGGGCAUGGGAGGUCAAUUUGAUUACUUUGGGCUUUGGAUUGAUUAUGAUUCUGGGAAAGGACACAGAAAAGGAAAUCCUAGAUGUUCUACUUAUAAUAGCCCUCAGCUAUUAGCCAGGGAAAACUUUGAGUUGGAUACCAUAGAGGUAUGGGCAGUUGGAGAUUUCCCAAGUGAGAAGUCACCCCCUAAGAAGAAUAUUCUGGAUGGUAACACUGAGGUGCACUGCUUAUUAGAAAUGAUUGGGGAAAGUAGUCAUAGUGAAGGACUUCGAGAUCUAUUUGAGGAAGAGGAAACAAAAGAAUCAGGUGCCAUUCUUGGCUGCAUGUUCUUAAUAACUGGGAUCUGA